AUGUACCAGAUAAAUUUUUAGAGGAUUAUAACUCGUGUUGUUGGAGGUGGAUAUAUUGCAUUAGAAUGCGCAGGAAUUUUAAAAGGAUUAUGUUUCGAUGUAACAUUAAUGACAAGAGGAAAGUAACUUAGAGAAUUUGAUUAGGAUAUUGUUGAGAUGAUUUUAGAGCAUUACUAAAAAUAUUAAAAAGCAAAUAUUAUACCUUAAUCAUUGACAUUUCAUUCAGAAUAAAAAAUCUUGUUUAAGUGGCUAUCAACUGUGAGUUCCUAAAAAGGUAGUGGAAUUAUUGAUACUCUUCUUAUGGUUAUAGGCAACACAAAAUUACUUAAUUUGGAUGAAUUAGGAGUCAAAGUGAACCACAAGAGUAUGAAUAUACAAAAUUAGAAUAUAGUGAUUAUCCUACAACUAUUUUUACUCCAAUUGAAUAUAGCUUCGUUGGCUUAAAUUAAAAAUAAGCUAAGGCAAAAUUCGGAGAAAAAACAUUGA